GUAGCGAUCGAGGUUCUGUGUCCAAGGCGGAAGACUUUGUUUGCUGUUGUAAAAGUGGCACUCUCAAUAGCUCUGCCGCUUACUGCCCUUUCCCCUCAAAGGCUGCUUUUCACUUGUCACUGACAAUAAUACCACCAAUCACACGUUGUAUUUUUGAAAGCCUUUGACCCUGGAGCGGAGACGCAAGCCUUUUCCUUAGGCGAACCUACGGUUUGAGAACCCGACUUUCUGCAUUCGACACUUGUUCUCAAUCCUAGCUAAACCAUUCGCCUCCUUAAUCUAUUCUGUUGCGGUGUACCUAGUACUAAGGCCCCCGUCUCUCGGUCAUCAUCGCGCACUUCUCAGGAAACGGCUGCAAGCAUGAAUGGAGCCGCACCGCAGACUGCCACCGCCAGACACGCCAAACCUCCACCGACUGGGCCUACUCCUCCAGCUCCUAUAGUUGCACCUCCUGCACCUCCGAAUAAUCAUGCACACCCGCAUCCCCAUACACAUCCGCCCGCCGGGAACCGUCAAGCGAAUGGUCCGACGAACGGCACACAUCCACCUCCGUCACAUAACCAGCAACAGAAGGCUGGCAAGAAGAAGAAUCCUGAUCCGCCUGUGGACCCUUCACAGAUGUAUGAGACGUUAAAGAAUAAGAUUGCGGCACUGGAGGAGGAUGCGGUACACGAGGAAGAGGAGGAGAGGCGGUUCACUGAAGAAGCCCAGAACUCUGUGGCCGGGAUGGGGGAUAACGCGGUACAUUCGAAGUAUAUUGAACUGUUUGCAGAGUUCAAACGCCUGGAACGAGAUCAUGCAAAAGAGAAGCAGAAAUUGGUGAAGGACAAAGAUGCAGCGAAAGGUCAGUUAACCAAAGCAAACCAGACAAAGACCAAGAUGGAGAACCUAGCGAGGGAAUUGCAGAAGGAUAACAAAAGACUACGGGAGGACAGCAAACGCCUGACACAUUGUGUUGAAGAAGCACAAGAUGAGAUCCUGCAAAUGAAGAAUGACAUGGCCAAGCGUGCAGAACGAGCCAAGAUACAAGAUGCGAAGUAUCGUGAGAUGCCCGAUAUAGUCGUGAAGGUCGUCUGCAAGUACCGUGCGGAGUUGUUCUUCAAGAUCUCUCGGAAGACUAAACUGUCGCGACUAUUCAAUGCUUGGACGGAACGUAUGGAGUCUGGUAUCACCUCUGCUACCAAGAAGAUCGAUGCGAAGUCUCCCACAUCCAGUACUACUGGAGCACCACAAGUGAACGGGACCGCGAAGUCUGAUGCAGGCAGUGUAGCAUCAUCGGGGCCAACGAGCAAGAGUUCAGUGCAGUUCUUGUUUACGCAUGGAGGACGGACAUUGGAAGCGGAGCAGACACCAGAGGAUGCGGGCAUGGAGGACGGGGACGAGAUUCUGGCGGUGGAGCUAAUGGAUCUCACGGAGGGUCCGGGAACAGAGACCAUCGUGCGUAGGCUUACUGAUGCCAGUUCAUUUUCUUCGGAGGGUCUCAUGGAAUUGCAGGAUGAAUCUCGUCGCCAGAUCAUUCGCAAGAACUGGGCAGACAACCCCCGAGAGGCAUGCAGGGCUGUUGAGGAGAUUUUCGAGGGAGUGGUACGCGAACGUCUAAAAGACGUGCUUCGACAGUAUGAACUUCGAGAGCGACAUUUUGAAUGUGUCAUUCGCUCGAAGGAACUCGAGGUCCUCCUUUCGCGUGCGCGAGCUGCUGAGCAGAAACAGCUAGCAGAAGGGGAGAAAACCCGAGCAGAGAAGGCGGAGGAUGAGAAUCAACAGCUUCGGAAGGAGUUGGAGGAUGCUCAGAAUGGCCAAACAAUGCUCAUCGAUAAAUUGAUAGCAUGUUGUAAAGAGCCAAACGCUGAGCGGACACAACGACUGUUCGCCUCGUUACGAGAGGAGCUGGAGAGACGAGGUACAAAGUUGGCUGAUGGGCCUGUUGGUGGUUAGCACUCAUCCUGUUUACCAUGUAUCGGAAUGUCGCAUCGCAUGAAAGGACGAAUUCUCUGUCCAGAUCUCUGAAUGGUGGGAUCUCUCGAGUAUGCGUUGGGAACAUCCUGAUAUAAGGUAUUUGCAGUCCGCAGAGGUAGUACGAAAGUGUCCAGGCUGUAAGAAAAACGAGACGCACGAUCUCUACUACGACGAAUCUAUGGUAUACAGAAGAG